AUGAAGUAUAUCCUGAACACGUCCAUGAAAUGGAUCUCACUUUUUGGUACCUUUGAGACCACGGGAUUUAUACUGGGAACUUUCAUCGCCCUAUUAUUCAAAUACCUGAACAGACAGAUAACGUUUGCCAUAUUUUUUACAUUCCUCACCAUCGCAUCGGCUGUCAUACCCCUAUCCCCAUACAUAUGGGUGCUAUACUUAUGCGCGUUUACCAUCGGCCUGGGAGCUGCUGUUUACGGUAGUGCCACCACAGUGUGGACAGUGGAGUUGGGAAGGGGUAGUAAGGUUCCCAUAGUGCAGGUGUUUGAGUUAUCCUUUGGCAUCGGCGCUGUUCUGUCGACAAUGGCUUUAAAGCCAUACCUAAUCGGCGAACCCUCGCAGACAAAGGGUCUGAAAGUAUAUUCAGACAAUGAGUUAGUGAUUGAUGUGAACGAUGUAACCGAAAGAAGGUCCCGGCUUAUGUACCCCACUAUGCUUAUUGGAGCAUGCAUCAUUACUAUUCCGAUCGCAUUGUUUAUCAUGUAUUUCCUUAAGCCAUACAAAGAGCCUAAAGUUAAAGGGGAGGACAACACAGAUACUGAAGUUGAGACACAAGACACUCAUUACAACAACAAUAAUAAUAAUAAUUAUGACGUGAUUUCAAAGAAGUUGUUUAACAGGAAAGAGACUCCGAGAAAGACAAUGAGAUUACUAUUUGCCUUAGAGUUUGCAUUUUAUUUAGUGUUUGAGACGACUUUCAAUAAGUUUUCGGUCACUUAUUUCCAGUACUCACCGCUCAAACUGACCGCUGAAAAGGCCACUGAGCUAUACACCGUAGCCAUGAGUGUCUAUACUGCGGGACUGGUACUUAACAUAUUAUAUCCGUACAGAUUUCAGAUAAAAAAUAUCAUUUCAUUUCAUUACGUAAUGGUUAUUAUCGGAGCUAUACUACUGAUACCGGGCCGCACAUCACUACCUAUGCUGUGGGCAGCUAUGAUAGUCAUGUAUAUGGGGUUUUCAGCCAUGUACUCCGGUAUUAUAGCCAUAACCGAGCAGCACCUGGACAUGACUAACCAAUUGAGUACAGUGUUCCUGUUAUUUCGUGCGGCGGCGGUCAUACCCCUAUCACCAUACCUAUGGGUGCUAUAUAUCUGUGCCUUUGUCAUAGGCAUGGGCUCCAGUAUUUACGGCGGUUUCUCGACGGUCUGGAUGAUAGAGCUAUGGCGGGGCAGUCGUGUACCCGUUAUACAGAUGUAUGAGGUUUGCUAUGGUGUCGGUUCAAUCCUGGCCACAGUAGCACUCAAACCAUACCUCGUCGGUGAACCCAAUCACGCAAACAAUCAGACCAUGAGUUAUAACAACGAGUUAGAGAUUUAUAUUAACGAUGUGGUCGAUAGGAGGUCUCGACUCAUGUUUCCCACUUUGUUAAUUGGAGCAAGCAUCAUUUCAAUCCCAAUGGCGUUGAUUGGCAUGCAUUUCAUAAAACCAUACAAAGAGCCAAAAUUAAAGUCUGAGGACAGCCAUGAAGACAGUAGUCAGUCCUCACACGAAGACAAUGCCAUCCCUACGAAACUGUUUGACAGGAAGGAAACCCCGCGAAAGACUAUACGCCUAUUGUUUGCACUGUUUUUCUCGCUGUACAUCAUCUUUGAGACGGUAUUCAUGAAGUUCUCGCAGACAUACUUCCAGUACUCACCGCUCAGACUGUCGGCCGAGUCGGCCACGGAGAUCAUAUCCGUGUCGCUCACCGUUAAUACGGUGGGACUGGCCUUAAAUAUACUGUACCCCUACAAACUUCAAUACAAAACAAUAAUCGCUUUUCAUUACGUGGUUAUCAUAAUCGGCACAAUACUACUGAUACCGGCGCGUACGUCCAUUACCAUGCUAUGGGUGGCCAGUAUCACGAUGUGUAUGGGCUUUUCGGCCAUGUAUGCCGGUAUAUACACGUUCACCGAGCAGUACCUGGAUAUGACGAGUAGGAUAAAUGCCGUAUUCCUACUGUUUAGGGGUCUGUUUACUCUCAUAACGCCAUUCAUUGUCGGCAAUUGG